GAAUGCCCAUCUCUAACUCUUUCCUGUGAGGAGCAUAACAACAUUAUUGACGAAGUUGCCAUCUACGCGGCUAGUGGAACCGAUAGUCUCAAAAAGGUUCGAAUUCUCAAUUUGGCGGACUGCUCCUUCACCGGCCUCAUCCCUCUGCAUUUGAAUUACUGCAUAAACCUCGUGGAACUCAACCUCUCCAACAACUGCCUACACGCUCUUCCCCGCUGCCUGUAUUUGCCAAAGCUACGGCGUCUGAACAUUCGUGGCAACCCGCUGCUUUCGCGUUUCUGUCACAUUGAGGGACCUCCGCUUGUAGAGCAGUUUGCACGGCUCGUUAGUCUUGAACUGGACCCGGACUUGAAGGACGUGAGUUCUCUACACAUACAUUCUUAG